GUUCGCAUGUUGCUUUGUCACGCUCGUCGCGAAAAUAAAGGCACACAGGCCAUUCUGGUGAAUAGUAAAUGUGUCGUCUAACUAAAGUUACAAGUGCAAUAUUCACGUAACACGAAAGUUGAAAGCGCUAAAUUCGCACAUAUACUCAUUGAUUAUUAAUAACAAAUGUGCACAACAACUUAAUACGAGCACUUAAGUACACAUAAGCGGAAGGACCUACAUACAAUUAUGUUUAUUAUACAGUUAAGUGUGUACUUACCAAAGGACAUCAUCGAGUGAAAUUAAUUGUUGCUCCUCAACAAGCAAAUGUAGCAGGACUAAUUUAUUCACAAAUUUGUUAUUGUGCCACAACACAAGCACACGCAUACAAUCACUGACACAAAUACAUUCAUACAUGUAUAAGUGCAUGUAGCAUGAACAUGUACGUAAGUGCGUCAAAAGUAGUGUUAUGUAUUAAUUAUACGCACAUGUGCUAGUGGAAAAGGUGUGUCAGUGUACGUGUGGGUCUGUAAGGCAGCAAAGUGAGCAGAAACAUGAGUUGUGAACAGCAUCAUCAGCAGCAACGGCAUAUGCAUCAUCAACAACAACAUCCACAGCAGCAUCAUCCUCAUGAACAUUAUCAGAGUCGACCGUAUCAGUGCAGGCAACAACAGUUACAAAAGCCAAAAUGCGCACAUCAACAGUAUAGUCAAUAUCAAGAACAUCAUCAGCAACACCUCAGUUGUUACACACAACAGCCGCAUCACCAAUAUCAGCUAUGGUUUAUUAUCUCUGCGAUAUUGUUCUUAAUCGACAUAUCCAACUCGCUCACAAUGACGGAAGUGAAAAUACCCAAUCAUAUAAUGCGUUUCAAAAGCGCGGUACUCGGCUGCCGCUACAAUUUGGACGGCGAGUCAUUGUACUCGGUGAAGUGGUACAAGGAUGGGCAUGAGUUCUACCGUUAUGUGCCGCGCGAUAAACCGCCAGGACAAGCAUUUCCAUUGCCCGGUGUCAAUGUGGAUGUUCGCAAUUCAACAGAUACAAAAGUGACACUGCGGCGCGUCACACUAAUGUCGACAGGAGUCUACAAAUGCGAAGUUUCCGGUGAAGCACCAGCAUUCAACACUGUUUCCGAAUCCGAGACGAUGACCGUUGUCAGUAAGUAG